AUGGCCGGAGUGGGGGGACCCCCCCCACCCGCCCCCACCCCAACCCCGCCCAACUUCCAAGCCUCUCCUCCCGGGAGCCCUCGACGGGACUGCGGGAGCCCGGAAAGGACUUCUCCGCUGCCGGGGACGAAGGAGAUCAGUGAGCCCCGACCUCCUCCUCCUCCUCCUCCUCCUCCUCCCCGAAUCGGACUCCCACAGCGGGCGCCAAGGAAAACUCAGCCGUUUCUCUCCCUUCUCCCGGGCUGCCCCUCCCCGAGGUGGGGGCUCGGGGGCUCGGAGGAAUCGGGGUGCCGGGGGGAUCAGAGGGCGCGGGGGGCCCGGGGGGAACGGAGGGCACGGGGGGCCCGGGGGGCUCAGAGGGCUCGGGCUGCCCGGGGGAAACAGAGCUUAGGGUGCCCGGGGGGCUCAGGGUGCCCGGGGGGCUCAGGGUGCCCGGAGGGCACAGGGGGCUCGGGGUGUCGGGGGGAUCAGAGGGCGCGGGGUGCCCGGGGUCUCAGAACGCUCGGGGUGCCCGGGUGGGACAGAGGGCACGGGGUGCCCGGGGGGCUCAGAGGGCUCGGGGGGCCCGGGGGGCUCCGAGUGCCCGGAGGGCACAGGGGGCUCGGGGGGCCGGGGGGAUCCGAGGGCGCGGAGUGCCCAGGGUCUCAGAAGGCUCGGGGUGCCCGGGUGGAACAAAGGGCACGGGGAGCCCUGGGGGCUCAGAGGGCUCGGGCUGCCCGGGGAGCUCAGAAUGCCCGGAGGGCACAGGGGGCUCGGGAUGCCCGGGGGCUCAGGGGCUCGGGGUGCCGGGGGGAUCAGAGGGCGCAGGGUGCCCGGGGGAUCAGAAGGCUCGGGAUGCCCGGGUGGAACAGAGGGCACGGGGUGCCCGGGGUGCCGGGGGGAUCAGAGGGCGCAGGGUGCCCGGGGGAUCAGAAGGCUCGGGAUGCCCGGGUGGAACAGAGGGCACGGGGUGCCCGGGGGGCUCUGAGGGCUCGGGCUGCCCGGGGGAAACAGAGCCUGGGGGGGCCCGGGGGCUUAGAGUGCCCGGAGGGCACAGGGGGUUCUUGGUGCCGGGGGGAUCAGAGGGCGCGGGGUGCCCGGGGGGAACAGAGGGCACGGGGUGCCCGGGGGGCUCAGAGGGCUCUAGGUGCCCGGGGGAAACAGAGCUUGGGGUGCCCGGGGUCUCAGAAGGCUCGGGGUGCCCGGGUGGAACAAAGGGCACGGGGUGCCCGGGGGCCUCAGAGUGCCCGGAGGGCACAGGGGGCUCAGGGGGCUCAGGGUACCGGGGGGAUCAGAGGGCGCGGGGUGCCCGGGGUCUCAGAAGGCUCGGGGUGCCCGGGUGGGACAGAGGGCACGGGGUGCCCGGGGGACUCAGAGGGCUCGGGGUGCCGGGGGGAUCAGAGGGCGCGGGGUGCCCGGGGUCUCAGAAGGCUCGGGGUGCCCGGGUGGGACAGAGGGCAGGGGGUGCCCGGGGGGCUCAGAGGGCUCGGGCUGCCCGGGGGAAACAGAGCUUGGGGUGCCCCGGGGGCUUACAGUGCCCGGAGGGCACAGGGGGCUCGGGGUGCCGGGGGGAUCAGAGGGCUCGGGGUGCCCGGGGGGAACAGAGGGCACGGGGUGCCCGGGGGGAUCAGAGGGCUCGGGGUGCCCGGGGGGAACAGAGGGCACGGGGUGCCCGGGAGAAACAGAGGGCACGGGGUGCCCGGGGGGCUCAGAGUGCCCGGAGGGCACAGGGGUCUCGGGGUGCCGGGGGGCUCAGAGGGCGCGGGGUGCCCGGGGUCUCAGAAGGCUCGGGGUGCCCGGGUGGAACAGAGGGCACGGGGGGCACGGGGGGCUCAGAGGGCUCGGGGUGCCCGGGGGAAACAGAGGGCACGGGGGGCCCGGGGAGCUCAGAGGGCUCAGGGUGCCCGGGGGAAACAGCUUGGGGUGCCCGGGGGCUCAGAGGGCCCGGAGGGCACAGGGGGCUCGGGGGGCCGGGGGGCUCAGAGGGCGCGGGGUGCCCGGGGUCUCAGAAGGCUCGGGGUGCCCGGGUGGGACAGAGGGCACGGGGUGCCCGGGGGGCUCAGAGGGCUCGGGCUGCCCCGGGGAAAACAGAGGGCACGGGGUGCCCGGGGGGCUCAGAGGGCUCGGGGUGCCCGGGGGAAACAGCUUUGGGUGCCCGGGGGCUCACAUGGCCCGGAGGGCACAGGGGGCUCGGGGGGCCGGGGGGCUCAGAGGGCGCGGGGUGCCCGGGUGGAACAGAGGGCAUGGGGUGCCCGGGGGCUCAGAGGGCUCGGGGUGCCCGGGGGAAACAGAGGGCACGGGGGGCACGGGGGGCUCAGAGGGCUCGGGGUGCCCGGGGGAAAAAGAGGGCACGGGGGGCCCGGGGAGCUCAGAGGGCUCGGGGUGCCCGGGGGAAACAGCUUGGGGUGCCCGGGGGCUCAGAGGGCCCGGAGGGCACAGGGGGCUCGGGGGGCCGGGGGGCUCAGAGGGCUCAGGGUGCCCGAGGGGAACAGAGGGCACGGGGUGCUCGGGGGAAACAGAGUUUGGGGUGCCCGGGGGGCUCAGAGGGCCCGGAGGGCACUGGGGGCUCGGGGUGCCCAGGGGACAGGGGUGGGCCCGGAGGGCUCAGAGGACUCGGGAGGUGCGGGGGAUUCGGGGUUCCCGGGGGGCGAGACGGCGGAGAGGAGCUAG